AUGAAUGAACGUACACUCGUCAUUCGUGGAGAACAGGUUCCAUCGCGAAAUGUAGGCGGUGUUGGUUCUGUUGUGCACCCAUCUGUCGUCCAUCUUGUCGAUUCUCAGAAGAUCCUGUCUCCUCAUCUGGCCAUUCUUCGCCUAUGCCCUCUGCGCCAAAAACCCCUCAAUAUCACCAGCUGCUAUUCAGCAACUGAUGAAUACGAAUUGGACGCGUUUUACGAGGAUCUGGAGGAAGUAAUCCGCAACGAGAAGUUUUCCUACAAAUUCGUUGUCAGAGACUUCAACGCAAAACUAGGAAAGGCCACAGAAGAGGAACACAGGAUUGGAAGAUUUGGACUACGGGACCGGAAUGUAAAUGGCAAUCGUCUCGCCGGGCGGUUGUCUGCCGCUCGCCUCUUUCAUGGGGACUCUCUUUUCAUGAAAAAAGAUCAUCGUCGGUGGACAUAG